AUGACAAAUAGUCCAACGGCGCCUGUAACAGCUGAUACGACCACAACGCCUAUUUCCACAGGAAACCAAACGACGACCCUGGCCAAUGAUUCAACCGCUGCUGGUAGUACAACCACGACAGCGAUUCCAGCCUCAAAUUCCACAGUGGGACAAUUGACCACUCCAAGCAAUGGUACGGCAUCAACUGUUGCUGGAGGUACAACCACGACAGUAGUUCCUUCGAACUCGACAGGAAGCCAAACGACGACUGUGAGCAAUGGUACGGCAUCAACUGUAGCUGGAGGUACAACCACGACAGUAGUUCCAUCGAACUCGACAAUAAGCCAAACAACGACUGUAAGCAAUGGUACGGCAUCAACUGUACCUGGAGGAACAACCACGACAGUUGUUCCAUCGAACUCGACAGGAAGCUUAUCGACGACUGUAAGCAAUGGUACGGCAUCAACUGUACCUGGAGGUACAACCACGACAGUAGUUCCUUCGAACUCGACAGUAAGCCAAACGACGACUGUGACCAAUGGUACGGCAUCAACUAUAGCUGGAGGUACAACCACGACAGUAGAUCCUUCAAACUCGACAGUAAGCCAAACAACGACUGUAAGCAAUGGUACGGCAUCAACUGUACCUGGAGGAACAACCACGACAGUUGUUCCAUCGAACUCGACAAUAAGCCAAACAACGACUGUAAGCAAUGGUACGGCAUCAACUGUAGCUGGAGGGACAACCACGACAGUAGCUCCUUCGAACUCGACAGAAAGCCAAACGACGACUGUGACCAAUGGUACGGCAUCAACUAUAGCUGGAGGUACAACCACGACAGUAGAUCCUUCAAACUCGACAGUAAGCCAAACAACGACUGUAAGCAAUGGUACGGCAUCAACUGUACCUGGAGGAACAACCACGACAGUUGUUCCAUCGAACUCGACAGGAAGCUUAUCGACGACUGUAAGCAAUGGUACGGCAUCAACUGUAGCUGGAGGUACAACCACGACAGUAGUUCCUUCGAACUCGACAGUAAGCCAAACGACGACUGUGACCAAUGGAACGGCAUCAACUGUAGCUGGAGGUACAACCACGACAAUAGUUCCUUCAAACUCUACAGAAAGCCAAACAACGACUGUGAGCAAUGGCACGGCAUCAACGGUACCUGGAGGUACAACCACGACAGUUGUUCCAUCGAACUCGACAGGAAGCUUAUCGACGACUGUGAGCAAUGGUACGGCAUCAACUGUAGCUGGUGGUACAACCACGACAGUAGUUCCUUCGAACUCGACAGGAAGCCAAACGACGACUGUGACCAAUGGAACGGCUUCAACUGUAGCUGGAGGUACAACCACGACAGCAGUUCCUUCAAACUCGACAGGAAGCCAAACGACGACUGUGAGCAAUGGAACGGCAUCAACUGUAGCUGGAGGAACAACCACGACAAUAGUUCCUUCAAACUCGACAGGAAGCCAAACAACGACUGUAAGCAAUGGUACGGCAUCAACGGUACCUGGAGGAACAACCACGACAGUUGUUCCAUCGAACUCGACAGGAAGCUUAUCGACGACUGUGAGCAAUGGUACGGCAUCAACUGUAGCUGGAGGUACAACCACGACAGUAGUUCCUUCGAACUCGACAGGAAGCCAAACGACGACUGUGACCAAUGGAACGGCAUCAACUGCAGCUGGAGGUACAACCACGACAGUAGUUCCUUCGAACUCGACAGGAAGCCAAACGACGACUGUGACCAAUGGAACGGCAUCAACUGUAGCUGGAGGUACAACCACGACAGUAGUUCCUUCAAACUCGACAGGAAGCUUGUCGACGACUGUGAGCAAUGGUACGGCAUCAACUGUAGCUGGAGGUACAACCACGACAGUUGUUCCAUCGAACUCGACAAUAAGCCAAACAACGACUGUGACCAAUGGAACGGCAUCAACUGUAGCUGGAGGUACAACCACGACAGUAGUUCCUUCAAACUCGACAGGAAGCCAAACGACGACUGUGAGCAAUGGUACAGCAUCAACUGUAGCUGGAGGUACAACCACGACAGUAGCUCCUUCGAACUCGACAACAAGCCAAGCGAGUACUGUAUGCUAUGAUACGACAUCAACUGUAGCUGGAGGUACAACCACGACAGUAGUUCCGUCAAAUUCGACAGGAAGUCAAACGACCACUGUGAGCAAUGGAACGGCAUCAACUGUACCUGGAGGUACAACCACGACAGUAGUUCCAUCGAACUCGACAGUAAGCCAAACAACGACUGUAAGCAAUGGAACGGCAUCAACUGUAGCUGGAGGUACAACCACGACAGUUGUUCCUUCGAACUCGACAGGAAGCCAAUCGACGACUGUGAGCAAUAGUACGGCAUCAACUGUACCUGGAGGUACAACCACGACAGUAGUUCCAUCGAACUCGACAGGAAGCCAAACGACAACUGUGGACAGUGGUACGACAUCGACUGUAGCUGGAGGUACAACCACGACAGUUGUUCCUUCGAACUCGACAGGAAGCCAAUCGACAACUGUGGACAAUGGUACGACAUCGACUGUAGCUGGAGGUACAACCACGACAGUAGCUCCUUCAAACUCGACAGUAAGCCAAACAACGACUGUAAGCGAUGGUACGGCAUCAACUGUAGCUGGAGGUACAACCACGACAGUUGUUCCUUCUAACUCGACAGGAAGCCAAUCGACGACUGUGAGCAAUGGUACGACAUCAACUGUAGCUGGAGGUACAACCACAGUUGUGAUCACUGGAUCGACAUCGACUGUAGCUGGAGGUACAACCACGACAGUUGUUCCAUCUAACUCGACAGGAAGCCAAUCGACGACUGUGAGCAAUGGUACGACAUCAACUGUAGCUGGAGGUACAACCACAGUUGUGAUCACUGGAUCGACAUCGACUGUAGCUGGAGGUACAACCACAACAGUUGCUCCUUCUAAUUCGACAGGAAGCCAAUCGACGACUGUGAGCAAUGGUACGACAUCAACUGUAGCUGGAGGUACAACCACAGUUGUGAUCACUGGAUCGACAUCGACUGUAGCUGGAGGUACAACCACAACAGUUGCUCCUUCUAAUUCGACAGGAAGCCAAUCGACGACUGUGAGCAAUGGUACGACAUCAACUGUAGCUGAAGGUACAACCACAGUUGUGAUCACUGGGUCGACAUCGACUGUAGCUGGAGGUACAACCACGACGGUUGUUCCUUCAAACUCGACAGGAAGCCAAUCGACGACUGUGAGCAAUGGUACGACAUCAACUGUAGCUGGAGGUACAACCACAGUUGUGAUCACUGGGUCGACAUCGACUGUAGCUGGAGGUACAACCACGACAGUUGUUCCUUCUAACUCGACAGGAAGCCAAUCGACGACUGUGAGCAAUGGUGCGACAUCAACUGUAGCUGGAGGUACAACCACAGUUGUGAUCACUGGAUCGACAUCGACUGUAGCUGGAGGUACAACCACAACAGUUGCUCCUUCUAAUUCGACAGGAAGCCAAUCGACGACUGUGAGCAAUGGUACGACAUCAACUGUAGUUGAAGGUACAACCACAGUUGUGAUCACUGGGUCGACAUCGACUGUAGCUGGAGGUACAACCACGACGGUUGUUCCUUCUAAUUCGACAGGAAGUCAAUCGACGACUGUGAGCAAUGGUACGACAUCAACUGUAGCUGGAGGUACAACCACAGUUGUGAUCACUGGGUCCACAUCGACUGUAGCUGGAGGAACAACCACGACAGUUGUUCCUUCUAACUCGACAGGAAGCCAAUCGACGACUGUGAGCAAUGGUACGACAUCAACUGUAGCUGGAGGUACAACCACAGUUGUGAUCACUGGAUCGACAUCGACUGUAGCUGGAGGUACAACCACAACAGUUGCUCCUUCUAAUUCGACAGGAAGCCAAUCGACGACUGUGAGCAAUGGUACGACAUCAACUGUAGCUGAAGGUACAACCACAGUUGUGAUCACUGGGUCGACAUCGACUGUAGCUGGAGGUACAACCACAACAGUUGCUCCUUCUAAUUCGACAGGAAGCCAAUCGACGACUGUGAGCAAUGGUACGACAUCAACUGUAGCUGGAGGUUCAACCACAGUUGUGAUCACUGGAUCGACAUCGACUGUAGCUGGAGGUACAACCACAACAGUUGCUCCUUCUAAUUCGACAGGAAGCCAAUCGACAACUGUGAGCAAUGGUUCGACAUCAACUGUAGCUGGAGGUACAACCACGACCGCUAUUCCGGCUUCAACAGGAAGCCAAUCGACGAACAGUGUUUCUACAUCUACUGCGGCUAACUACUUCUACUAUCUCAACAACAAGUCUCGUUUCGACUUCCACUACAACUACUACAACAAGACCCACAACUACUACAACAACAACGAAGCCUAG